AUGCGUGCUGUUAUUCAACGUGUUCUUCGAGCGAGUGUUCGUGUCAGCGAUGAAUUAAUUAGCUCUAUCGAUCGUGGUUUAUGUGUAUUAAUCGGUAUUGCCAAUGAUGAUGAUCAAACUGAUAUUGAUUAUAUUGUAAGAAAACUGCUCACGAUUCGCUUAUGGCCAUCGAUGGAUGGAACUAAAAAUUGGAAUCGUAACGUUGUUGAUUUAGACUCAAGUCUGUUGUGCAUUAGUCAAUUUACGUUGCAUGCAACAUUGAAAGGUACAAAGCCCGAUUAUCAUCUAUCUAUGUCAGGUGAACAAUCGAAAAUAUUAUAUGAAAAAUUAUUAAAUCAAUUGAAACAAAGUUAUAAAACAGAUAAAAUUUUUGACGGACAAUUCGGCGCGAUGAUGGCCGUGAAUAUCGAGAACGAUGGUCCAGUAACAAUCAUUCUUGAUAGCCGAUCGAAAAAGUCCGGCGCAAGUGCCGAUAACGAAUAA